AGGAAAUAAACAAGGAAAGUGACAUUCUAAUUCUGUGUGCAUGCACCCAAAGAAAUUCUAAAAUGAAACAAAUAAUAUAUAUACAACCUUUCACCCUCUUUUUCUCUUUUUCGAUCGCAUCAUAUUCCUGGAAAAACCUCAACGAGUCCAGCAGUUCUCUUCGGGGCCUAGCUAAAUUCCAAGUGGCCAUAUUUGCUGAUACAACCUUUAAAGAUCUUGUAAAGAGAAACAUCUAAUAGUUAUUGUCAUAGCAGAAAGGAAUGAUUUUUCAGUCCAGUGAUGAUGGAUAGAAAUUCCCAUACCAACGAGAAGCAGCCUUUGGAUGAUCUAUCAUCUGCCAAUGAAGCAAAAAAGUCUACAGAAACCAGUGUGAGCGCUUCUUUGUUUGUCAACCAUGCUGAAAUUGCUUGGCAAGAGAGUAGAAGGAAAUGGAUUGGAGAUCAAACUCAGAAGUCAGGAAGAGUGCCAAAGGAUCCAAUUAUAAGCUGGUCGAUGACUUAUGAGGGCCUGCUGUCUACUAACAAACCUUUUCCCGAGCCAAUUCCAUUAGCUGAGAUGGUAGAUUUUCUAGUCGAUAUCUGGCAUGAUGAUGGACUUUAUGACUAAAAUUCUCAGUAAUAAUUCCUUGUUCAGAUGAUUUCGUUUUCCAGCGGCAACAAGAUGGAGACAUUGAAGACGAAAGUCACAUAUAUAUCCCGCACAACUUUUAACCCUCAAAUUCGAUUGACAUCCAAUUAUUUAGUCGAUUCUUCAAUUUCUGCUGAUCUUUGAAAAACAGUCUUUGAUGAAACCAUAUUCGUUGAUAUUGAGUUUAGAAUUGGUAGAAUCAACAAGUAGACAUAUUUUGAACGUAUUGCUGUUGUAGCUAAACCUUUGACAUUUCAGUCCUUCGUUAUCUUAUCCAUGCCUUACUGAGACAGAUUGUUGCUGGUCCUUUAAAGAACAUGCAAUUUAAACUGUUGCUCUCUCAGUUAUGACUUGUGUGAGUAUGAUUUUAGCUCUAUGAAUUAUUUUUUCAUUCUA